GCGGCCGGGGGUGGGGGGCGGCGGCGGCGGCUGCGGCCUCGGGCCUCGGGGCUUCGGGGCGGCCAGCCAUGACCUUCGGGCGCAGCGGGGCGGCCUCGGUGGUGCUGAACGUGGGCGGCGCCCGGUACUCGCUGUCCCGGGAGCUGCUGAAGGACUUCCCGCUGCGCCGCGUGAGCCGGCUGCACGGCUGCCGCUCGGAGCGCGACGUGCUCGAGGUGUGCGACGACUACGACCGCGAGCGCAACGAGUACUUCUUCGACCGGCACUCGGAGGCCUUCGGCUUCAUCCUGCUCUACGUGCGCGGCCACGGCAAGCUGCGCUUCGCGCCGCGGAUGUGCGAGCUCUCCUUCUACAACGAGAUGAUCUACUGGGGCCUGGAGGGCGCGCACCUAGAGUACUGCUGCCAGCGCCGCCUCGACGACCGCAUGUCCGACACCUACACCUUCUACUCGGCCGACGAGCCGGGCGCGCUGGGCCGCGACGAGGCGCGACCCGGCGGUGCCGAGGCAGCCCCCUCCAGGCGCUGGCUCGAGCGCAUGCGGCGGACCUUCGAGGAGCCUACGUCGUCGCUGGCCGCGCAGAUCCUGGCCACCGUGUCGGUCGUGUUCGUGAUCGUGUCCAUGGUGGUGCUGUGCGCCAGCACGCUGCCUGACUGGCGAGCCGCGGCGGCCGACAACCGCAGCCUGGAUGACCGGAGCAGGUACUCCGCCGGCCCUGGGAGGGAGCCCUCCGGGAUAAUUGAAGCUAUCUGCAUAGGUUGGUUCACUGCAGAGUGCAUUGUGAGGUUCAUCGUCUCCAAAAACAAGUGUGAGUUUGUCAAGAGACCCCUGAACAUCAUUGAUUUACUGGCAAUCACACCGUAUUACAUCUCCGUGUUAAUGACAGUGUUUACGGGCGAGAACUCUCAACUCCAGAGGGCUGGAGUCACCUUGAGGGUGCUUAGAAUGAUGAGGAUUUUUUGGGUGAUUAAGCUUGCCCGUCACUUCAUUGGUCUCCAGACACUUGGUUUGACUCUCAAACGAUGUUACCGAGAGAUGGUUAUGUUACUCGUCUUUAUUUGUGUUGCCAUGGCAAUCUUUAGUGCACUUUCUCAGCUUCUUGAACACGGGUUGGACCUGGAAACAUCCAACAAGGACUUCGCCAGCAUCCCUGCUGCCUGCUGGUGGGUGAUUAUCUCUAUGACUACAGUUGGCUAUGGAGAUAUGUAUCCUAUCACCAUGCCUGGAAGAAUUCUUGGAGGAGUUUGUGUUGUCAGUGGGAUUGUUCUCUUGGCGUUACCUAUCACUUUUAUCUACCAUAGCUUCGUGCAGUGUUAUCAUGAGCUCAAGUUUAGAUCAGCUAGAUAUAGUAGAAGCCUCUCUGCUGAGUUCCUCAAUUAAUGCAUUGCAAAUCGAUUCUUACGUACACUUU